AUGGAAACUUUAUAUCCUGUAGAUUGGGACGACACAAUGACCCUACCUGUUUUCUCAGAGAACGAAGAAAUUGACUUAGAAAUUUCAGGGAAAAGAAAAGGGAAAGAGGUAAUUGGCCCUGCCCACCUAAAAAUUGCAAAAAAAGAUCAAUCGUCUGAUGACGAUUUGGAAAACGAUGUUGAAGAGCAUUACACAGAUAUGGAUGGGGCAACUAGCUCCCGUUUUCUAACACCAUACGAAAGGCACCACUUGUUGGAUACGGCGCCAGAUUUUUAUCGGAUCACCAAUAUAAGUUUAAGUGGUAAGUAAAAAAUAUUUAGAUCU